AUGGCGCCGAAUGAAAAACCAAAAGAAACCAAGAGAGGAAAGAAGAGAAGGUCCACCAUGAUAUUUGGAAGAGAUUUGGUUCCUGAAAGGAGGAGGAGCGCAAUUAAGAAAACCCGAACCUCAUCACCGCCUUUACCUCCAGCCCCGUUUCCUUUUCCACUGCUGCAGAUGAUUCAUAGCAUGGAGGGGAGGGAUCAGGUUUUUGUUACGAGGAAAAUAUUGGAGCGGUCUGACGUUGACGCGGGUCAGAAUCGAUUUUUUGUCCCAAAGAGUGAGGUGCUAUGGGGGGUCCUAUCAGAGGAGGAGAAGAGGGAGGUGGAAGGAGGAGGGGGCGUUGAAGUAAUGGUGGUAGAUCCGAGGGGUGGGAAGUACACUAUGAGGUUGAAGAAGUGGGUUAGUUUGAAUAAAGUAGUCCUGAAUUCUGGGUGGCGAAAGCUUGUGGAAGAUAACGGGCUGAAGGCAGAGGUGGAUUGUGUAGAGCUAUGGAGUUUUAGGGCGGAUUCGAAGCUGUGUUUUGCCUUGAAUGUCAAGAGAGAUGGAAGUCCAGUAAUUAAUCUUUAA